AUGCUCAUGAUCAUUGACGUUCCUCCAUUAGGCGACAAUGUCUUAAUAGUUUCCACACCAUGGAUAGAAUUUGCUAGAAUUCUUAUGAUGAAAAAGUGCCGAAAUUUACUUGGAUACACAACGGAAAAGGAAUUUGGAAAAUUCGUUAUACCGAUUUCUGGAAAAUACGAUGGAACCUUAAAAACCGUCUUAAAAAUCGGUCUGCGAACGCCAGUGGGUCCCGCAGCGAAUGAGCGCAACGCGGCCGCGUGCCCGACCGAGCGAUCCUCCUCUGGCCGCCGAGCGGUGGACGAUUCGUGUUUCUAUAGAUCUAUUGCGACGUCGAUCAUCUACAGUGGAGAAGAAAUCAUACUCGACGUGAUGACAGAGGCUGAACGCAAGAGUUUUUUCAACUAUACAAGUUCUCGCGCACCUGGAAAAAGACAAAUUAAACCGACAGCUGCAGUUCUCGACAUGGUAUUACCAAACGCUGAUGAUGAAGAUGACGACGAAGAUUUCAUAGCAGAGCAUGACAAUGGAUCAACUGAGUGCUCCGAUUCCGAAUCCGUUGGUUCUGACGAUGACUCAAGCAGCUCCUCUGAGGAAGAUGAAGAGGAAGAAGAAAGUGGUGGAACGAACAAUGAGGAUAUCGUCACUAGCGGAACCAAAUCCGAUGGCAACGCAGAGCGAGCUCUGAUUUGCGCCGUAUGUCUCAGUCUCACCCGAAACGAAAAGAGCGAAGAGCUUAUGCAAUGUGACAAGUGCGGUUUAACGGUGCACGAUUCUUGUUAUCCUACUUUAGAUGUUACCGAGGAUAACGACAGCACCGAUUCAAGUUCUUCAAUGGAACCAUGGUUCUGCGAACCUUGCAUAUUUGGGUUCCAAGAACCGCCCUAUUGUGAGCUUUGCCCAUCAAGAUACGGAGCAAUGAAGCGCUCUGAUGUAGGUGGACGGUGGGUUCAUCUUAUAUGUGCGCUAUACACACGCGGUGUUACCUUCGGUGACAUCGACCAUCUAAGUGCUGUAGGCGAAAUCGCCGAAACGUCAGCCAUCGAUCAACAACGUCAACAGCAACAACGACAACAAAGACCUGUACCAACCUCGCAUCAGCUAAAGAAGAUCAGUUCAUACGGCCACAUAAAUAAAGCGGCUAAUUUUAUAGUGCAAGAACAAAAUCGACUAUUUAUGGUGGGAAAGAAGGUUCUUUCCGAAAGAGAGGAGCGUAAAAGAUUAAGAGCAAAAGAGAAGUACGAAAAACUGUUCCAAUCACUGAUGGGAGUCACAAUUUGUCUUCCCGAAGCAUUCCAUGAUAAGGCCGAAAAGAAGACAAAACGUGCACGUCAUUUAACGAGCUCACCAGAAUUUUUCGAGUGGUUUCAAGAGAAAGCUGAGCUAAGCGGAAUAGAGCCAGUGCACUUUAGACAGGAAUUCACUAAAGUUUCUGGAGACUUCAUUCCCUUUCUUACGCCGGGCUUUUCUGCACAAUUUUUUGAGUAUGUGGAAAACCGUGAACGUCUUGUGAUAGCCACUGAAGAACGUAAACUUCAGUCUAUUAAGGACUCUAAAAUAUCUUUGAAGCAACAACUGGAAUCGCAAACGACUAAAUUGAAACUGAACGAGCAGUCUGGACUUCUCGGCAGAGAGCGUAGUGAGAGAAGGAAGCAAUUGGCGAAUGCUUUUCAUGCUGCGCUCGUGAGGCUUGGCGCUAGAAAAAUUUUCGAUAUUAAUCCCAUUUUUGUGCAAUAUUGUGAUUCUCCUGUUAAUGGGAAGGCGCGAAAUUCUUUGGUAAAAAACUCGCCAAUGGAUUCUUCGGAUAGUCCACCAAAACUCGUGAAGGAAAUAACAAUAAACAUGUGCAAGGAAUGUGGAAAGAGCCACGACCAGCACUUAAUCAUUGGAUGUGAUUCUUGUUACGAAUAUUAUCACAUAGGCUGUCUCGACCCUCCACUUGAAAAAGUACCGAAAAAGGUCAAUUGUGAAUGGCAUUGCGCCCAGUGUUGCGAAAGUGAUGACGAGGAAAGGCAACGUGGAGAGAAUACGGCUGUCUAUAUUGACUUCGUCUACCGUGCUACUGUUCUAAAAUCGGCUCAUGGGAUUUCAUGUUUUCAACUCAACUGUGCCCUUACCAUUCAGCGAGGACAGGAAACCGUUAGUUUAGCCGUUUUCUGUUUGGGUCCUAGCAAAGCUCGUGAGCAGCACAAUCUUAAGGAACUUUACAUUAGCCGGAUGCAAGCACUUAAGCGAGACCUCCUGGGUCAAGUACCUGAGAGUGUAUUUCAACAAGAAUUAUCUAACCAUGGUACUGCGUUCCUGUUGUCAUACGGAGUAAAUAUAUGGCCUAGCGAUUCUCAUGAGGCGUCGUCUACUUUUGUUCAUUGGAGGCAGCAGCCUGUGCGCAUAACUUCUUCCCUCAAAUACGAUGUUGGUGACAGGAAUUCGUUUUCCCACGAAAGAAACAUGGCUGUAGCUGAACGCUGUGAAGUUCGUCUCGAUAAUUCAAUCAUAUCGUUUUUUACGUGA